GGGGGCGGGGCGGGGUGAGGAGCAGCGUCCGGCGGUGGGCGAUGGGCCGGAGCCGGGAUCCCCGGAGGAGCCGCGGCGGCCGUCGGUGACAGACGCCCCUCCCGUCUCGCUCCAUCUGCUGCCGCCCACCGGAGCCCCCAGCCUGAUUCGCCGCGGCCCUGGCCCCGGAGAGCCGGCGGCACCAUGAACGAGGUGUCUGUCGUUAAAGAGGGCUGGUUGCACAAGAGAGGCGAGUAUAUCAAGACGUGGAGGCCCCGCUACUUCCUGUUGAAAAGCGACGGCUCGUUCAUCGGGUACAAGGAGCGGCCAGAGGCCUCAGACCACAGCCUACCCCCUCUGAAUAACUUUUCAGUUGCAGAAUGCCAGCUCAUGAAGACGGAGCGGCCCCGGCCCAACACCUUCGUCAUCCGCUGCCUCCAGUGGACCACGGUCAUCGAAAGGACAUUUCACGUGGACUCUCCCGACGAACGAGAGGAGUGGAUGAGGGCCAUCCAGACAGUCGCCAACAGCCUCAAGAGCCAGGAGCCCGGGGAGGACUCGAUGGAGUUCAAAUGCAGCUCCCCCGGUGACCCCUCAGCCGCCGAGGAGAUGGAAGUGGCGGUGACCAAGACACGGACAAAGGCGCAGACAAUGAACGACUUUGACUACCUGAAGCUCCUGGGGAAGGGCACAUUUGGCAAGGUGAUCUUGGUGCGAGAGAAAGCGACGGGACGCUACUACGCCAUGAAGAUCCUACGGAAAGAGGUCAUCAUUGCCAAGGACGAGGUGGCCCACACGGUGACCGAGAGCCGAGUGCUACAGAACACCAGGCACCCGUUUCUCACAGCCCUCAAGUAUGCCUUCCAGACCAAUGACCGUCUCUGCUUUGUGAUGGAGUAUGCCAACGGUGGGGAGCUCUUCUUCCACCUGUCCCGGGAGCGCGUGUUCACCGAAGACCGGGCACGCUUCUACGGGGCCGAGAUCGUCUCAGCCCUGGAGUACCUCCACUCGCGGGACGUGGUCUACCGCGACAUCAAGCUGGAGAACCUCAUGCUGGACAAGGACGGGCACAUCAAAAUCACCGACUUUGGGCUGUGCAAGGAGGGUAUCACUGACGGGGCCACCAUGAAGACCUUCUGCGGGACACCGGAGUACCUUGCCCCCGAGGUGCUGGAGGACAACGACUAUGGGCGGGCAGUGGACUGGUGGGGCCUGGGGGUCGUCAUGUACGAGAUGACCUGCGGCCGCCUGCCCUUCUACAACCAGGACCAUGAGCGGCUCUUUGAGCUGAUCCUCAUGGAGGAGAUCCGCUUCCCCCGCACCCUGAGCCCCGAGGCAAAGGCCCUUCUGGCUGGGCUGCUCAAGAAGGACCCCAAGCAGAGGCUCGGCGGGGGGCCCAGCGAUGCCAAGGAGGUCAUGGAGCACCGCUUCUUCACGCCCAUCAAUUGGCAGGAUGUUGUGCAGAAAAAGCUCCCGCCGCCCUUCAAGCCUCAGGUGACAUCGGAGAUUGACACCCGGUACUUCGAUGACGAGUUCACCGCUCAGUCCAUCACCAUCACCCCCCCGGACCGAUACGACAGCAUGGAUUCCCUCGAGACGGACCAGCGGGCCCACUUCCCGCAGUUCUCCUACUCAGCCAGCAUCCGCGAGUAGCCAGUGGCGGCAGCCAGCUGGCCAGAGCGAAGUCGGGCCCGCCAGCGUGGCCGCGGAGCCGGGCCGUGACCCCCUGCCCCUCCUCCCUCUCCGUGUCGAAAGCUGGAUUCGACUCCGCGGGCCGGGCCCCUUACCCGGUCGCGGCCCUCAGGCUGGCGGGAGGUGGGGCGGAGACCCUCGGCCGCCCCCGUCUGCCCGCGCCACACGGUACAAACCCUACCCGCAGCCCCCAGGCCGGGCGCGGGCCGUGGCCCCCCACCCCGGUCCCGGGCAGCGGAGGCCCCGCGGUCCCUCUCAGAAAUCCCCCCAAGUGCUUCUGCUUCCUCCUGGAGGCUGACUGAUAGUCACAGCCCCUUCCCCCACAUUCAGGCCCCGGCACUCCUGGCCAACUGCAGGGGGGUGGGAAAAGGGGACGAGGUGCCCACGGAACCUGGGGCUGGCAUAGCAAUAACGGUCCCUACCUGCCUUAACCCCGUCCGGCUGCAUCCGGCCCCUGGCCCGUAUCAGGAAUCAGAGGGUCAGCCCCCUCCUCUCAGCCACUCCCCUGUGGCCCUGACCCAGCCCGACUAAGCCCACUGGACGACGGCCCCACUCUGGGGGUGGGUGGGGACGGGCACCUGGCUGCCGUGGCCCUGGAGCCAAGUGCCCCGCUGCCCUCGCCUGCCCUCUGCACAAUCACAGUCCUGCCCUCCCUCCGGGCCAGGGAGCGUCGAGCCCUUUGGGGCUCGACGCGGUGGCAGCGUCGCCAUAGCUGGUGGGCCCGCCAUCUCCGCUGCCCCCCUCUCUCUGGCCUUGCGGUGGAGCUUUUCGGACAGCAGGGGCCCGAGCCUGCCCCAAGGGACCCGAGGGCAGGCCUGAGGGGUCCUAAGGGCUGUCCCUGUGCCUUAUUGCUGCCAUCGCACCCCUUCCCCAAACCCUAGGGAUCCCACCUGACUCAUUUGCUGGCCCCUGCCUCCACCCAGACCCCGGGGGGGGGGGGGAGUGGAGCAGCUAGGCUGUAAGUGCUGGGGAGAUAGAGCCAGGCACACCCAAGCUGAAGGUCCCAGUGUCCAUCCCCCUGCCAGGCCUCUUCUUCCCCCACCCCCUUUCACCCACCAUGUAGCUCUGUGUGAAGAGCAAGGAGCCCCACCUACCUCCCUCCCCUGUCGUUUGUGGGGAGGGGGGUGUCCAGUCCCCAGAGUCCGUGCUGCUGUGUGUGUGUGUGUGUGUAUGUGUGUGUGUGCGUGGCGGGGGGUGGGGCGCCUACUGCUGUUAUUUUACCAAGGUACUGUUGGACGCUUCCACCCUCGGGGCUGCCCACUGCCCUGGAGCAUGGUGGGCAGAGCACAAGAAAGGGGAAACCCCUUGGCUGAUAGUCUGAAUCCCAAUGCCCCUUCUCCCCCAAGACAGUCUUUCUGAGACCAUGGGAGACAGCCCUGUGUAUGAGGAGCAUGAACACAUCGACGGGGUCUCUGACCUCCCCUUCCCUCAAUCUAGUGCCAACUUGUCUACUUUCUUACUUCCGUCCUUCCCACCCCCACGGCUGGCCUGUCCACACGGACCCCACCAAGCCAGCUGGGCAGGGGAAAAGUCCCCAGGAGCCGGGCCGCGCUGGUGGGUAUUGACCCUGGCCUGGCCAGUUGAAGCUGUUACAGAUUUGCCAUCCCCCCUAGCAGUAAUUCUCCCAUGGCAGAUAGAGUGGCGGCAGCUUAGCCGACUAAUGCGGGGACUGGGCCCCGUUGGUAAAUUGCCAGGGGGCUCCCGGUACCUGCACCGCCCCCAACCCCUGCUUCAGUGCUGGAUCAAAAACCUCAGGGUCUUCCCUGAAGGUAGGUAUGCGUGUGGACGUGUGACUGUGUGGUGAGGGGAGGGCGGUGGUGAGAGUUCUGGGGUUUCAGCAGGCCCUGGGGGAGCGCAUCCCCUUCCUUGAGUCGCAAAGCACUUAGGGAGUCCACAGACCUGAUUCAGGGGUGUAUGCACCGACCCCCAACCCCUCUUCCCACCCCCUCCAGCCAGAGUGUUACCUCUCCCACCCUCAACCAGGCCACGCGCUGGCACCGAAGGCAGCCGGUGGCUGCGGCCCAUCCUCGACCCCCCCCAACCCCUCCCACCCCCGGAAGCAGGGACUUUUGUACUUAGUCCAUAAAUCCUCAAUGCCGACGUUUCACACUUUAGCUCCAUAGCGGGAGAUGCAUUAACUUAAAAUACUGGCCAUACACCCACCUGACUCCCGGUCCCUGCCACCGAUCGAGGGGGCAGCGUUUGCGUUUUGGGGAGCUCCCGUGAGGGCAGCCCGAGCAGGCUAGGACCGGGUGCCAGGCCAACGAGGGAGGGAGAGGAGGCCCCGGGCCUCCCUGCCCCGCUGUGCAUUCGGUUAUAGCGUCGACACAGGUGAGGAAACAAGCACGGUGCUGAUUUUGUCUAAGCGUUCUGCCUGUCUCACCUGUUCCUGUUAUUUGUACGGUACGAGCAAUAAAACCGUUUCAGACAAGC